GGGGCUGGAAUGUGAUGGGGAAAAGGAAAAAACUCUGGCCAGGGCUGGAGAGGCGCCAAUCUAUAGGUGCAACUUAUGCAAAUGUGGGACUUCACACACACAACACCCACUGGCUCAGAUGCAGCUUGUGGACUCCAGCUGCUCAUUUUGGGAGGAGGUGUGCCUCUCUCUAAUUUCCCCCCUUUCUUUUUUUCAGCAGCCCCCAAAGAAAGCCCUUUGAGCCUUUCCUACCCUGCUGAAGUGUGUCUUUCUGUGUAUGUUUGUGUGUAUGUGUGUGUACACUGUGCUCUGGCUCAAGGAAAGCAGAGGCGGGGGGGGGGCACUGGGAAGGAGUUUAUUUUUGUCUCCUAUUACCCCCUCCUCCUGCUGCUGAGGGCUGCCACUUGCUUGAAUCCAGACAGGCCUGCAGUGGCUGGUUGUGCCAUUUGGGUUUUGCAGCAGUCUAGGGUGGUUUUGGGGGCCCUCAUGUACAACCUUUGAGGCCCAAAAGUAUGCCCAGGGGACACAUUCCCCCCACCCCUUCUGCAGAUGGGGCUUGCAGUCGCCUUCUCUGCAUUUGGGGGGCAAGGAAAGCAAUAGACCCCCAGGACUGGUUUGCAUGAGUUAUCUGCAGUGUUUCACUUCUUUCCUUCCCCUCCACCUUCCAUGCAACCUUUCUCUCUCCUACUGGAAUGGUGGGUUGCAGUCAGUCCCCCUUCUCUCUGUGUGUCUGUCUGUCUCUCUUCCAAAGCCAGGCAUAUCCAGUCCUAUCCUGGAAGGAGAGCCAGCGGAGGAUUUCCACUAAGCAACAGGGACCUCCCUUCUCUGCACUGUGAAGUGUGGGCUGGGUGGGGGUUUCUUUUGAGCUUCUCUGGAUGCAAACCUCCCAAUCACUCCCUCGCUUUGCCUGUGUGUGGGCUGGAUUUAUAUAUAUAAAUCUGAGUCUCUCACUGUCUCUGCUUCUUCUUCCUCCUUCUCUUUUCCCCCAACCCAUUAUAAUUUGGGAAGCGUCUUCUAAAGAUAUGUGGAUUUCUCUUUUCCAGCCCCCCCUUGCUACAAAUGCAAGGCUGCUGCCCACCGCCACACCAACUGUGUCCCAGUAAUCGCUGACACCAAAUUUCCCUCUUGUCAUAUUUGAGACGUGAGAGCUGAGAUUUCUGUCAUGCUGAAUCAUAGCGCAUUCCAUCGCCUUGCAAAGUGUGUCAUCCUUACCAUCAUGGCAAAAUUAUCUCUCUUUUUUCUCUCUCUCUGCCUUCCUCCCCCUCCAUCCAUCUCUUCCUCCUUCCUUCCCCCUCCUUCUUUCUCCCCAACAGUUGUGAAUGCUUCUGCUCCCUCCCCAGUCUGCUUGGGUUGAGGAAUGUUGUGGCCGGGGAUGCUCAAGAAAGCUUCUGCAGCCUCCCCACGAAAGAAAGCGAGAGCCAGCCAGCCGGAGAUCCAGAGAGACGACUUGGCUAAAAUAAACCAGACGGGAGAACAGAGGGGCUGCAAGAGUGGGAGAAGAAGGAGAGGAGAGCUAGCCCUAUAAACGCACAACACAUGUCCUCUCAGGCUGCUGCUGCUGCUCUCGUGGUCUCCUUCCACACGUCUUCACCCUCAUUGUGCCUUGUGGAGAAAUACCACCACUGGUAGAAGUCUGCUCACCAAGAAGGGGAAAGAAACCCACACCUAUUUGGGGGUCUGCUCCCCUUUGUUGCUGUGCUGUGCUUUGUAUGUGUGCCAUUUUUAUCAUCACCUUGGGGAGGAAUUUCAAGAAGCUGGCCGCUGUCAUUUGGGAGGGAAAGUGCGUGGAGGAAGAGCAAACUCAGGCCCAAGAAGCUGUCUCCAAACAUCUAUCUCAUUGCUGCAAUAACAACAAAAUUAUAAAGUAGACUGGAGGAGGGAGAAGAAGAAGAGAGUGGGUGGGUGGGUCGGGAAUUUUUUUUAAGACACCAGAGGCUUCCCCCCCUACAUCUUUGCAGAAGAUAUACACAGUUUGGUCUUCUGUUUUUUAUACACACACACGUACACACCAACCAUGAUGUUUCGAGACCAGGUCGGAGUGCUGGCAGGUUGGUUCAAAGGCUGGAACGAGUGUGAGCAGACAGUGGCCCUGCUCUCUUUGUUGAAACGGGUGAGCCGGAGUCAAGCCCGUUUCCUCCAACUCUGCCUUGAGCAUUCCUUGGCUGACUGCACAGAACUGCACGUUCUGGAAAAUGAAGCCAACAGCCCUGGAAUCAUUAACCAGUGGCAACAGGAAUCAAAGGACAAAGUGAUUUCUUUAUUGUUAACUCACCUGCCUUUGCUGAAGCCUGGGAACGUGGAAGCCAAGGGGGAGUACAUGAAGUUGCUCCCUAAAAUCUUGGCUCACUCGAUCGAACACAACCAACAUAUAGAGGAGAGCCGGCAGCUCCUGUCCUACGCCUUGAUCCACCCAGCCACGUCUCUGGAGGACAGGAGCGCCCUGGCCAUGUGGCUGAACCACUUGGAGGAUCGCACCUCCUUGGGCACCUUCGGCAGCCAAACCAGAGGCCGCUCCGAUUCUGUGGAUUAUGGGCAGUCGCACUACUAUCACCAAAGACAGAACUCAGAUGACAAGCUGAACGGGUGGCAGAGCUCCCGGGACUCUGGGAUCUGUGUGAACGCUUCCAACUGGCAGGAGAAAAGCCUGGGGUGUGAGAAUGGCCACCUACCCCUCUACUCCUCCUCCUCCGUCCCUGCCACCAUCAACACGAUCGGGACUGGCACGGGCACAAUUCUCUCGAGCCAGACCCACCACAGCCCUUUGAAACGGUCUGUAUCCCUUACCCCGCCCAUGACUGUGCCCAACCAACCUCUAGGACACGGAUGGAUGUCUCAUGAGGAUUUGCGAGCUAGAGGACCACCAGGCCUCCCUUCCGACCAUGCCCCCCUGUCUCCUCAAAGCAGUGUAGCCUCUUCGGGAAGUGGUGGGAGUGAACACUUAGAAGAUCAGACUUCUGCUCGUAACACAUUCCAGGAGGAAGGGAGUGGUAUGAAAGAUGUUCCUGCCUGGCUCAAAAGUUUGCGCCUCCACAAAUAUGCUGCCCUUUUCUCCCAGAUGACGUAUGAUGAAAUGAUGGCCCUGACAGAGUGUCAGCUUGAGGCUCAAAAUGUUACCAAAGGCGCAAGGCACAAAAUUGUGAUCAGUAUCCAAAAGCUAAAAGAGAGGCAGAACCUUCUCAAGUCCUUGGAAAGGGACAUCCUCGAAGGGGGCAAUCUCCGUGUCCCUUUGCAGGAGCUUCACCAAAUGAUCCUCACCCCAAUCAAAGCUUACUCUUCUCGGAACUUGACAGGGGAUGAGCACUGCCGGGAUUCAGAGCCCCAUCGCCCAACUUCUUUGAUCGGCUCCGACAGCCAAGGGUCCGACUGCAAGGACUCUGCCUCUGGAGGGAUGCAUCACCAUCACUCUCACUUGCCAGGCUGCGAGGGAGAAUCUGGUGGGGCCCCUCUGCCAGAAGGCGAUAUCCCGGGACAGUUCACUAAGGUGAUGGGGAAAGUGUGUACCCAACUCCUUGUCUCCAGACCAGAUGAGGAGAAUAUAAGUUCCUAUCUACAGCUCAUCGACAAAUGCCUAAUUCAUGAGGCGUUUACAGAGACGCAGAAGAAAAGGCUGUUGUCAUGGAAACAACAGGUGCAAAAACUCUUCAGGUCUUUCCCGCGGAAAACCAUCCUAGACCUCUCGGGAUAUCGACAGCAAAGAACCCGAGGUUUUGGCCAGUCGAACUCCUUACCGACAGCUGGAUCUGUAGGUACAGGAAUGGGUCGGCGGAACCCACGCCAGUUCCAAAUCCCUUCCCGGAACCUCCCCACCUCGCGGCUGGGCCUUCUGGGCCCCACCAGCCUCCUGGGAGCCACCCAGCGCAACGCAGCUGCCAAUCCCGCCAUCCUGAAACAAGGAAGACAGAACCUUUGGUUUGCAAACCCUGGAGGAAGUAACAGCAUGCCUAGCCGGAGUCACAGCUCGGUCCAGAGGACGCGCUCAUUGCCGGUCCACACCUCUCCUCAAACAAUGCUUAUGUUCCAGCAGCCAGAGUUCCAGGUACCAGUGACAGAACCUGAUAUCAAUAACAGGCUGGAGUCCUUGUGCCUCAGUAUGACUGAACAUGCCCUGGGAGAUGGCGUGGACAGGACCUCGACAAUCUAGAAGGCGGAGGUGUGAAAACGCUGGCCGUGAGAAGGAUGUGGCUGCUGGCCCAGUGGGAACUUUUGGUGACGAAUCCCUGGAUGUGCUAAGGACCCCUGGAGAUGUCUUGCCACCUUUUCAUUGCUCUUUUAUUCUUUCCUUCUAUCUCUCUACCUUCUCUUCUCUGUCUCUGUUUUCAUUUUGUGAAAGGGUUGCUUAUCUUGACCAUUAUGUCAUCCAAAACAAGUACUGGGGUCUGCUGGGUAUUCAGUGGGAAGCAGGAAAAAUUGGACGGCUUCAUCUAAAGCCAAAAAUCCCAGUAUAGUCUGUAAGAGUGUCUAAGGGCAGGCAUCUUGAGAGCAAGAGAAUAUGUGUACGAGCCUCCAGAGGGCACAGGGAGUGGGAGGCAAGAUGCAAGCCCCUCUCUCUCUGUGUCGUAUCUAUCUAUCUUUGUCUCUCUCUCUCUCUCUCUUUCUUUCUCUCUUUCUUUCUUUUUAUUAUAAAGAAGAGACUUUUAAGUAUAUUGCUAAAGUGUGUUCAAGAAGAAGGAAGGAACACAUUUGUUGUCUGUAAAUAUGCACUGCAUUUCACUGACAUUCAACCCCACAACUGGAGCUGUGCUUUUUAUUUGGGGGAGGGAGAGGUGAAGAAAGGAAGAACAAGAAGAAAGUCCUUUCCCUUCCACAAUGUUCAAAAUGAGUGGCUUUGAAUUUUGUGCACUGUUUACAUGAUAGUGGGUAGAAAAGAGCGUGCUGGGCACUCCGCCUGCCUUCUCUUCCUGCAGCAUUCGCUCGGUGACAUGGGAGUGGGAUAUGCGAGAUGGCCCCAUACCAGCACCUUGCAACCUGGAAGCUGUUGUACAUGGCCAGUCCCUCCUUCUCUCCACCCAAAAAACAAACGCACCUCCUGCUGCUCUAGGUCAGGGUCCCUAUAUAAAACUAUAAGUGUGUGGGGCUGAAAUAUCCUGGAGAGGCAGGAGGAGGACAACAGGUAAUUAGGGUAGUGGGGUGGCCAAGCACAACAAAAUGCAAGGGAGGGAUCAGUCAAGACCCUUCGGAGUUUGCUUCCAGGUGUCAGGAUCCAGAGCUUUUCCUCCUCUCACUAUCAUAAAGGGUCUUUUGCAUGUUACCUGUGUGAGUGUGUAUAUUUUCUCUCUCUUCUUCCCCCCCCCCCCCAUCUUUCUCACCUUUUUUUCUUCCCCCACCCCCUUUGUUUUGUUUCAUUGGCAUCGUAGCUGGCGGUUUUACCUAUUAAAAUAAUAACUGCCGAGCUAUUGCUUCUUACGAAGGCCUCGGGCACUUGUGUCUUUUUCUUGUGUUUCCACUCUUGGUCAGAGCAGGGUGCUAAAGAAAGGAGUAAAAAAUGUUGAAGAGUGGACUGAGGAGAAGUUGCAGUAGAGGUUCUGUACCUUAGAUUGUGUGUGUGAGUGUGUGUGAGUGUGAGAGAGAAAAGAUGAGGGAACAAGUGGGAGAUUUUUAAAAAGAUUGUGCGCUAGGGACUUGGCCCAGCUGGUCCCAUAUCCUAGGAAGAACAACAUCCGAAAGAUGUUUAUGAGGGAACAGAGGCAUGUCCAUUCAGGGGCUGUUUUUCUUCUUCUCUGUUUGGCACUGUAAUACAAAACCAGACGUGUUCUUGAAACUAGUGGGCAACUCCAUCCCCCUGAAGGGCUACCUAGCUCUUGAUUUCCCUUUGUGUGCUUUUCACAGAGCCAUCAGAAAAAAACAGAGAUGAGAAUGGUGCAGCCUUCCAGAUGAUGAUGGGCUGUAAAUCCCAACAGCCCUAACCAGCAUAGCCAAAGGUGAGUGAUGCUGGGAGUUGCAAUCUCACAACAUCUGGAGGGCUGUGCACGUUCUACCCCUAGCCUAGGGAGACAUACUACCUGCACCACCUCUAGCAAAGGGAAAGCCACUGAUGUGGGAGCAUGACAAUUGACUGAAAACUGGAAACGGGCUCUUCUACCUUUAAUGCAGAAGGGGGAAUUGCUGGAAGUAUUGCUUGUUACCACUUUGGCUGCUGAAAUUAUCUCUUCUGCAUGACCAUUAAAGGUAAAGGAGUUGUUUCCAGUUUUCAGUCUGGUAAUCUUGAGGACAGCUGAUGGAAAGAGUACAUUCCUAUCCCAAGCCUUGUCUGUUUGGCAUUGUCCACUAUGCAGGUGAGCCCAUCUGAGACCUAGGAACGUGGGUUGAAGAUUGUGGAGCAGCCACAUCUUGGCUUCAAAACACCCAAGCCCAAUUACGUUGCUCCUUGAUCAAUUUGUAGAGAGUGGUGCACAAUUUGUGGAGAGCGGUGGCCUCACUGGGUCAACCUCCCAGAUCUCUCCAGCAAAAAACAUGCUUUUAGGCCUCCUUAAUUUCCAGGGAAUCUAGGGCUCAUUCCUGUGUGGCCAGAGUGGAAUAGAGCCCUUAAUGGUUUCUUCUAGAGCAGCUACAUCAUUUGUUCCUCCCACAGUGACUUGUAGCUUCCUGCAUAGCUAGAAUUGCAACCACCCACCCAAGCUCCAAGUUCUUCUGAGAGUAAUUUUGGAAAGAGCCCUUUACUUCCAAGUAAGCCUGAUUGGGAACUAAGCAAUCCCAGAUAGUACUCCUAAGAAAAUCAACAUGGCCUAAAAGUUCAAGCUAAGAUGUUUGGAGUUAGGCUGCUGGUCAUCACAGCUAAUGUACACAAGGGAAGGUUGGUUGGGGAAUUGAAAAAUUCCAUUUCUCUUCCUGCCCCGUGAGGCAAUCAGAAGAUGCGUAGUCUUAGGAGGGUGGAACGUGGCCUUCCUGUGCCGAAAAGCCACGCGGGAGGGAAACAGUGUGAGACAGCAGCUCUCUUUAUAAAUAAAGUGUUUGUUCUGAGAUGUGUUUGUGCUGGAAGGCAGACACAGCUGCCUUUCUCCAGAUCUGGCAGGCAGAGGUGGUGCUGGAGGCCAGGAGGGGAAAUAACCAAGCAGACCUGGCUCUUCUCUGAUCCCAGGCAAGGUCAGCACACAGGUGGGUCAGGAAAGCAGAGCCAAAGACGUAUGGAUCAGGUUGCAUGCAGACUGACUCAACGCUGCUGCUAUUUUGUACUGCGUGCUCCCCACUGUGACUGUGUAGUGGCUGAACUUGGACAAGUUGUAAUAGUCAAGUCCAGAAUGCCUUCGAAGGCUGGCUUUGUCCAAACCUUAGGGGAGAUGUGAAGCCACGUAGGAGACUGAGUGAGGAGACUGAGUGGUGCAUGCCUGCAAUUCAUAAGACUUGCUCAGAGCAAAUGAGAGCAGCAGUGCCUGCUCCAGACUUUUUUAUUGUUUGUGGCUACCUGGAGUCAUCUAGAGAUGUGGCAGAAGGCAGAGAACAUAUCUCUCACACACACAAACAAACAUAUGCACAAGUUACUGAAGAAAGGAAGUAUAGUUAAAGGCCUCAAAACUCCGUAGCGUGUGCCAGCAUUUCUCUCUUGGCCUUGUAAUUAUGUGCCAUUGCCACCUACAGGAGUAUCUAGCUUUAAAUGAAAAUGUAUAGCUUGCAGCUGUCAUGUCUUGGCACAUCACAUCAUGUAAGUAAUAGCUCAUGUAGACUGUUCGUUUUGGAUAUCUGCCCACCAUUUCUGAGCACCGUGGUACAAGGGACACACCAUGUGACAGCCAUACUGGUACUCACCAUUGUAUUAGACAUUGAGCAGAAGUGGUGUUUGACAUUUCUUGUUUCUUUCUGUGGUGGGUGCUGUGUAAGAAAAAUACCUUUAAGGACACUUCCACAGUUGUGUGCUAAGAUGCCAAGCAAAAAUUAGUACAGUUGCAAACUAGUUUGAAACCAGUUUCAUCAUUAUGUGUUUACUCUGAGAACUUCAAUAUUCUGUGGAGGUACUGAGGAUUUGUUGUUGGCUGAGUCUGUACUAACAUGUUUUAAUUGACCUUUAGAACAGUUUUAAGUGGGCAUGCAUUUUUUAGCUCCCUUCUUGGUCUUGUGAAGAUCCCAAGCAUCCAUUGUCACCUCUCAGUGCCAUCAGAGAACUACAGAGCCCUCAGGUUGGAAGCCAAGUCAGUUAAACCAACAUGAGACAGUGACUUAAUUGUGGCAUGUGGACAUGCCAAAGGAAUGGUGCAAAAAUGCCUGUCUACGUAACCCCUGUAGUACAAGUUACCCUCUUAACCCUGUUAGUGUACCUGCAAACCAGUUUUAAUUCAGGGAGAGUGAGAAUUCUGUCUGUCUCAUCAAUAGUAACUUUUAGUGCCAAACAUUUGCUGUGACAAGUGGGGUGGAGAAGGGACGAAAGGGCUGCCUUCCUGAAUCUUCAAUCGUUUUUUGAUCUUGUGUUCAAAAGAGAUCUAUAUAAUGUGUGUUCAAGAUGCAGUAUUUUAAAUAUUUCAAAUUCACCUUUUUAUUUUUUAAACAAAGAGAAAAAAGAGUGCCAAAAUAACAUUGUUUGUUUGUUUGUUUGUUUGUUUCUCUGUUCCAUGUUUACAAGAAUGCAUGCUUAACAGGAAAAAGGGAACAUGUGUUUUGUGCUUAGUGGAGAAGGAAUAGUGUAGCAAAAGGAAAGGUUUGGGAAGGUAACUUUUAAGGCACUGGAGAAGAAGGUACCCAGUCCGCCAGGCUUGUCUCCUGUGCAGAUUGGCUUGCAAAGUGAUAUUGGUUGCUCCGAAGGUGAGCCCAGAUUGCUGUGUCCAGUGUUGACCAUGGAGCAGAAUAUUGGCCAUGGACUGGACAUGGAAGCCAAGAAAAUGGCAGUGUGAAUGUUUUGUGAGAAGCUUAUGCAGGCUUUCUUAUCCUGGUGCCCUUCAGGUGUCUUGAAGUGCAGUAUCCAUAACUUUCCAGCCAACAUAGCUGGUGGGGGAUUAUGGGAGUUGCAAUCUGACACAUCUGGAGGGCACCUGUCUGGGGGAAGCUGAACUAUGCAGUGUCAUUUGUGCAGGAAUCUUAGGGAAGGGGGGGAAUAGAAAAGGAAGCUGUUUCUCAAAGUAUUUACAAGUCUGAAACUCUUAUUUAUUCCUUUGCCGAGUAUAAAAAACAGAGUUUAUCUGAUUAUUAAGAUAUAUUAUUUUGGAUAAAUAUAUGACCUAUAACUUGCUAUGGCUGGUAACCAUGAUAAAACCCUGAUUAUUAGCAACCAUUUUACUUCUUUCUCUUCUAUCCCCUCUUUGAAUAUGCUUCUUUUCCAUUAACAGUAUUUAGGUACAUUGUUGUCUUACAUUGUAUGGGUGCAUGCGUGUGCGUGUGUGCAUUUUCUGUUUUGUGUGUAAGCGAAAGGGGCUUCCCAUACCUUUUUAGAAGCCCACUUAAAUUCCCUCUUAAAUCCUGUAUUGAUUGCAGGUAGAUAACCGAGAUUUAAGAAGAAAAAUAACACCAGAGGUAAUCUAAAAGUAGAAGUAAAUCUAUUUAUAAAUACAAAAAGAAAAAAGUUGCAUGCAAGAGGCCAUGGAAAUCAAAUGUUUAGUAUUUUUUUAAAAAGUGGCAGUGCCUUUCGUUUUUGUAUUUACCCAUUUAUCGCCAAAUGCAACUGUUUUAUAAUAAGCAAUUAUAUGAUUGUGUCAGAAAUUGCAAAAUAUUUCACUACAUAGAAAUGUGUGGAGUUCUAUUAUUAUUAUUAUUAUUAUUAUUAUUAUUAUUAUUAUUUCUUCUUCCUUGCUUUCAUUACAAGAGUGUGUUAAGCUGGUUAUCUCAGGCUUGCCAUGCCAGAGAUAACUUUUUCUAUGCGAUUAUAUCAUGUAUGAAAUUUAUAUUGGUGCUUUUCUUUUCUUUUUUAGUCGUUUAUGACAAUUAUUGGAUGGGAAAAUGCAAACAGAUAUGUGUAACUGGAUGGAGGCUGUGGGGGGAGGGAAAAAUUCUGGCUUUAAUGCUACUUUAUAAUUUGGGGACUGUAGUUGGCAAGUGAAGAGAGGGAAGGAACAUCUCAACAAAUUGGGGGUAUUUUUCACUCUUAAUUUCCUGCACUGUGAUAACCGUCUAUACUGCAACAUGAACCGGUCUAGUAUUUCCAAGUGGCCUUGGCUGUGUUUCCACACUGCAGAAACAAUACUAUAUUGACUACAGUCCAGAUGCAAACAGAUAUGUGUAGCUGGAUCUGAGCACCAUUUCCUCAGCCAGAACUGAACCCUCAUUGUGUAGAGAAAGUGGCCCAGCCUUGUGCGGAUACAAAGCAACCAGGACUCUUGGGCAGUAUUUGGACAUUCCCAUGAACCUCAUCCAAAGGAGAUGCCUUCUGACUUGUGUCUGCUGUUAGGAUGACAUUGGAAUUCCCCCUGAAAUCACUAUGGCUAACCCUCAUUGCAUGAGAAUAUGGCAUACCAGAGACCUACAGGGGCCACCCAGACUUGGCCCUGAAAACAGUGGCUGGCUUACAUAGUCAACGUGCUUCAGGAUGAGAAGCCUGGUUUCUGAACAUCUUUGCUUGAGUCUAUUCUUGUUUAGCAAUGCACAUCUGUGGAUCCAGCAGGUCUGUGGUGCACACAUGGGUUUCAUGCAUAAGUCUGCAUGACAGGACUGCCAGGCUGACUACAGGACAGACAGAGGCUGAAGCUUUAAAGGUUAGCAGAUUCUGGAUCAAAAAGACUUACCAUAAAGUCCCAUCAGGUGGAACUGUGUCACUUUAUGUAGAGAAAGUGGGCCAGCCUCGUGCGGAUGCGAAGCAACCAGCACUCUUACGCAUUAUUUGGACAUUCCCAUGAAGCUCAUCCAAAGGAGAUGCCUUCUGACUUGUGUCUGUUGUUAGGAUGACAUUGGACAUCUUCAUGCCCCACAAACACCCACCUUUUAGUUGAUGCACGCCCCACCAUCUUCACAUGGCUGUUUACUGGGCAGAGAAGUGACCACCUCCAUUCCUAUAGCUGGAUGCAUAACACCUUCAGUGUUAUAUUCAUGGCAUCACUAGGGUUGGUGUCACCCCUUGGUGUCUCAUGUUCUCACUCCCAUGGGCACAUCACUUCCCAGCAGAAGGUGGGGGCAGUGUCAUGGGAAUGGAUGAACCCACAAGCAUGUGUGCAAUGCCACACAACCCGCCUCCUCCACCAAGUCUCAGAUUCUCCCAUGUGCACACCAGGCCUUGGAGAAGUCCCCCAGUGCCAAAAAAAGAUCCCUUCCCACCAUAUUACAUGGCAUGCUGGGGCAGUGGAUCCUUCUCCUUCUGAGCAAGAGCGUCCACAGCAAAAGCCUACAGGUCAAAGGCAGUGGAGGCCAGCACCGAAGCACCUUCACACUGAGGGUGCCAGGCACACCACAGCUGCCUUGUUUGAUGGGUGUCACCUGUUGUGGUAUGCAUCCAACUUCGGGAACAGAGUUACAUUCUCCUCUGCUUUCCACCAGCCUUUUCACACUUUCCAUCUGCCUGCAAAUAGCUUUGUUGGGUGGAGUCUGCCUCAGCCAAAAAAAAAAGAGCCUUAUUACACAAGGAAACAAAGCAGAAACAGAGCAGGAGAGUAGUCGGUAGGGCUUCAGUUCUCUUCUCACAAGAGACGUUGUAAGAGCAUGUCUUUCAUCAAACUGAUGUUUCUAGUGUGACAAAAGAGUCACUUUUAUGACUGUCUCCCUUAGGAAGAGAACCAACGCACUGCAAAUCACGCAGAGGGCAUGGAGAAAGCCACUACUCUCCGGCUCUGUUUUGGCUCUGUUUUCUCAUGCAAUAAGGCUCUGGGUUUGGGGCACAAGGGAGGAGACUCAUCCCAGUUCCAUUAGACAGAGCUUUAUGUCUUUCUGAUCCAGUAUCUUCUAACUUUUAAAGCUUAAAGAUAACCACCUUUAUCUGAACGGAUGCCAAGAAGAUGGAGCCAGCUUGUUUUCUCCUGCUCUAGAAACCAGAACACGAGCCAGUAGAUUCCAAUUACAAGACAGGAGAUUCCACUUAAAUAUUUGGAAAGCCUUCUGUUGAACUGGACUGCCCCAGAAGGCGAUGAACUCUCCAUCUUUGUAGGUCUUUGAGCAGAGGUUUGAUGGGCAUCUGUCAGAAGUGCUGUAGUUGUGUAUUCCUGCAUUACAGAGGGUUGAGCAAGAAGGCCUUUGCAGUCCCUUCGCAGACUGAUUCUAAGGUAUGGAAGGGCCUGUCAUGUGUUCCACUUGGCAACCCUACUACACAAGGGAAGGUGCAGUGUACCUUGUACACAUCAGCCACUCCAGACUGGGGACUAGACUAAAGGUAUGGAUUCAGCAGGAUUUGGGGAAGUGCCUCGUGCAUGGCAAAGAAGACCCAACAUGCUGCUUUAUUUUCCUGGCUGGCUUCAAGUCCUUGCAAAGCAAGUUGAUUGUUUCUAAACAAUUGAUGGUCAAGAUGCCGCAUUCCACCUGCCCUCAGAUAGUUUGUUUUGCUCUCAGUGACAUACGCAACCUCCUUAAGCUCCUGCUCCUUUGCUCUGGCUGUGCCUUUUCUCUCCUCCUUUCCUGGGCAGGGCCAAGGAAGAAUGAUACUGAGGAAAAAUUAGCCUUUCUUUUGAGGUGUCAUUCCCUGCUCCUUUGGCCCAAACUAGCUGCUAAUUCCAAUUCGAAGCCAAGAUAGGAAGGCAUUUCUCUCUGUUGUCCAGAGAUAUCAGGGGAGAGAAGGCUACUUACUCCUUGGCCAUCUCUAGUCCUCCUUCCUGGAUGAAUGGACAAACUUGGUUGGGCAUAUAGAUCUGUAGAUAGUUUGCAUUGUGUCUACCUACAGAAUAAGAUACUCCUAGAACUCAGUAUUUUGUUUCUCAGUUAUUUUCUCCAUGAGUUUUUACAGGGCUAGAUCAGAAGUUCUCCAUAUCAUAAGGGUUAUCAUGAUGCAACAUCAUUGCGCCACGCCUCAGGGCCCCUCAUGUUACUAAACGCAGGCUAAAAGAGGCAAGGUUAAAUAGCAUCACACCAUAGAUCCUAAAUAUUUCCCUAAAUGGUAGAAGGAAGAGAGGGAUUGUGAGAUUUCCAGAACAUUAGCCGCUCUAGGCCACAUGUCCAUGAGCAUGACCUCCCACAGCCUUCGAGGUUUUCUGGAUGUGCCUGAUGUCAAGAAGUAGAAAGAGUAGAUCUUGUAGAAAGUAUAAUUUGCACACAGCGAUGAUAAAACACUAUCAGUUGAUUUUAUACAAGUCAUCAGAGUUUGCAAAGCGAGUUUUAUUUUUUUGUAUUCCUUUAAUCUUUACAUAAAAGGUGAAUGUGUAUUCCUCUGGGAGGAAUGGCAAGAAAAUAGGAAUGUUAAUGUCUAAAAACAAAAGCAGAACAAAAAAAGAAGCCCAGAACACUUCCUCCCUUAUUAAUAUAUAACCCUGGUGUAUUUAUGCCUACUGUAAGCAAAUGAAAAAGCUUGGAUUUCCAUUCUGUUGCAUGCCAGCUAUCGGCAAGAGAGCCCUCUGUUGUACCUGCAUGCGUUUUAGCCUUGACUUUUCCUUUUUCUCUUGUUUUCUUUUUGGUUGGGGAGGGCGGGGAGAGGGUGCAUUUUCCCCUGUAUAAAAUUAGUGCACAAAGAAAUAUUUUUGCCUAGUUAUUGUUGCUAAGCAAUGCAUAUUUUUAAAAAGAAAAUUUGUCAUAUAUGGAAAAUAGCAUGUUUGUUUACAUGUAUUCAGCUUCCCGAGUAUACAGACGAAGGAGUUGGGCACAAAACAAGAAAAAAAGAACCCUUAACAUUCAAGGAUGCUGAAGUUUCUUUUGCAAGUGUACAGUUUUCAAUUUGUCGUUCUUACUGGUGAAAAACACCCUUGUGAUUUCAACUUGCUACAACAUAUAUUUAUUAUUCGUUCUCUUCCCAUGUAACUAGGAAUCAUGCCUAUGUUUCAUAUCAACGUUAUAUUGAAAGUGAAGGGAGAUGAUUAAUACAAGAUUUUGUAACA